AUGUGGCCCCUGGCCUGGCUGGGCAUUGCCGGCGUGUGUCUGGGGGCAGUUUGGGCUGUCCCAGCCAAGGAGGAGAGGAGGAGGGUGGAGAAGCUAAAAGCUGAUGUUGCCCUCUAUGGAAACUUGGACCUGGACAACUAUGACCUGACGCUGGACAACUAUGGAGAGAUCCUUGACCUGAGCAACUAUGAGGAGAUCUACGACUACAACGACCUCGCUCCAAAGAUCGAGGUUGGCACCCUGGCUCCUCGCCCCAAGGACCCUGCAGCUCUCCCAGACCCAGGCACCACGGCUGAAACCCUGAAGCUGCAGCCUCUGACCACCACCAGCCACGUCCAACCAGCUCCCAGCCCUGCACAGGGCCUGCCCAGCUGCCUGCUCUGCCUGUGCAUUGGCACCUCCGUGUACUGCGACGACGCCGAGCUGGAGCAGAUCCCAGUGCUGCCCCCGGAGACCACCUACCUGUAUGCCCGCUUCAACCGCAUCGGUGCCAUCCGGGCCGGGGACUUCUCGGGGCUGAAGAAGCUGAAGCGAAUCGACCUGAGUGGCAACGUCAUCUCGUGGGCAGAUGCAGAUGCCUUCCGCCUGCUGCCCAGCCUGCAGGAGCUCCUCCUGCCCCACAACAGGCUGAGGGCUCUGCCCGAGCUGCCCCGGGGCAUCGUGCUCCUGGAUGCCCGGCUCAACAGCAUCCCCAGCGCCGGGCUGCGGCCGGAGGCUUUCCGGGACCUGAAGCAGCUGCAGUUUCUCCAUCUGUCUGAUAACCAGCUGGACUACAUCCCAACACCCCUGCCCCAGAGCCUGCGCUCCUUGCACCUACAGAACAACAACAUCCAGACCAUGCAGGAGGACACCUUCUGUGACAGCCACGACCAGAGCCAGGUCCGCAGGGCGCUGGAGGACAUCCGCCUGGACGGCAACCCCAUCAACCUGGGCCUCUUCCCCAACGCCUACUUCUGCCUGCCCCGCCUGCCCACGGGCCGCUUCUCCUGA